AUGUCGAAGCUCUCGGAGCCACUAAAACAUCUCAUCAACGCCGCGCACGCCUUACCCGGCACGCUCAGGGCCCCGCCAUCCAUACGCUCGACCUACUCCCGCAUAGCAAACAGCGCCCAUGACCGAGGCGUCGGUAUCCCCGCGUGGCUGACCAUCUCGACGGCCACGACCAUGACGAUGAACUCGCCGCAGUCAAUGGUCGAACUGUUCCACUUUGUGUCAUCGCUCCCGUCGGCACCCUCACCACCCGAAACAGCAGGCCUCAUGCGCGAAGUCGGCCUGAAAUGCAUCUCCUUCAACGGCAUCCCGCGGACGAUCAACGUCCUCGGCGCCUUCCGCGAGGGCCUGCCCAAGGACGUGGUCGACAAGAUCCCCUCGCCACCAACCCGGCAGCUGACGCCGCAGAACAUCGCCGACUCGCUGACCCGGGGCCGCCAGCUCUGGGACUCGGUCUACAAACCGUUUGAGGAGAAGUUGCUCGACCGGCUGGCGCAAUCGCACCCCAAUCUCCCGGUCCAUAUCAUCAACGGACAUUACUCGAAUUUGUUGUCCGAUCCGCCAAAUGACUCGCCUCUGCGAGUGGGCCGCGUGCUGACUUCCCUGGCGGCGAUUGCGUGCUUGAGAGCGCAGACGGGCGUGGGCCCGCAGGUCACGAGCCAUGUGUUCGGGUUGCGCAAGGCGUAUCAGGACGGUUCGGCAGAGAGGGACAUUGAGGGCGGAGAGUGGCUGGCCACGGAUGAGGGCAACCAGUGGAUUUUGAACACGAUCGACGAGCUGGUCCAGGCGCUCGGUGAGGGGCGGGGCACGACGUUUGCGCCGGGGAUGGGCCUCGGGGGCGAGAAGUUGAAGGCGAAGUUGUAG